AUGUUUGCCGUGAUUGAAAAUCUUGAAUGGAAUUCCAUUGAUGGAAUCAACAUGAUGAAUCAGAUGGAACAUGUUAAUCGUUUACUAAUUGUAUCCACAUAUGCUUUAAUGUUAUCAAUCAAUUUUUCAAUUGCAUCAUUAAUACAGACAACGGCUAGUGGUUUAUUUGUGUUGAUUGCACUUGUGAUCGCAUUAUUAAUUUGUUUUGUAAAGAAGAUAAAUGAGUCAUUUCCAGAGAAUGUCACUCUUGCUAUUGCUUAUUCUGGUUGUAUGGCGUUAGCAUUAGGAAUUUGGUAUAUGCAAUUAUAUGUUCUUCUAAAAAUUGCAGCUUUUGGAAUUAGUCUGGUGUUAUUCAUAUGUGCAGUGUUGAUUGGUGCAGCGAUUAAAACAAAUUUGGCGGACCAAAUAAAAAGUAUUCUAAUAUCUAUUACAUCGAUAUUUAUUACGUUUAUAUUAGCUGCAAUUGCAUUGGUCUUUUCAGGAAUCAAGGUAAUAGCUCUGGCUUUCUAUAUAGCUGCAGUAACAUUUUCAUUCAUUAUCACAAUAUUUGUCAGUUAUAUAACUAUUGGCAAAUUAAGAUGUCUUAUCUUUUAUCCAAAUUAUUCAUUAGCAUCUAUAUUAUUAUAUACUGUAUUCUUUAAUACCUUAGCAAUUAUGAUUGAUGUAAUUAAUAUUUGCUCUCGACUACUAUUUAAUUUUCCAUUUUAA